AUGGUACCUUGUAGAGAUCAUAAUAGAAUAUGUGCUAUAUUAUGUAAUGAACAUCCAGAAUGUGCUGAUAGUUCAGACGAAUUUAAUUGUGCUGAUGCCGAUGCUGUUGCUGAUGACGAUGAUACUCAAACACCAGCACAAGCAGAGGAAGAUGAUCAAGUUGAAUUUAACGUUGUUGUCAACCCAACUACUCGUCAAGCUCAACGUGGUCAAACAAUUGAAUUAACUUGUACUGUUUAUGGUGGUGAUUCAACAACAAAUAUUUACUGGAUUCAAGAAACACCUGAACGACGUCAUGCUUUAAUAAAUCCAGCAUCUGAGAAUGAUAAAAAAAUAACAGCGUCACAAAUUACAUUAACAUCACAUAUUACACUUGAUGAUCCAAGUAAAUUUGGUACAUAUACAUGUAUGGCACAAACAAAUACUGGAAAGAGUGCUUCAGCUGAACUUACUCUACAAGAAGGUAGUGGUUCUAUUCCACCAUCAGUACAUCAAGAAGAAGCUUUACCUGUUCCUACAUCGAAUGGCGGUCGAGGACAAUUACGUCUUAUUGUACCGGAUAUGUCUGAAGGUGAUAAUGUUGAUAUUCAAUGUGAAGGUGCAACACGAGAAGAUGAAAAUCGUAUUCAAUGGUAUUUUAAUAAUCAUCUUAUUAAUAACAAAGACCCAUUUUCACCACAAAAUAAAAUUCUUCACAUUCGUCCAAUUUCACAAUCUUAUCUAGGCAAUUAUCGUUGUACGAUUCCAAAUAGUGAUUAUACAGAUGCUAAUAGUAUUCUGACAUUUCAAGCAUCAAAUUCUGCAUCAGUUGUUCCUACUAAAACUGGAGGAUGUAGUUAUGAAGAAGCUACUUGUGUUAAUGGUAAAUGUAUUCCUCGUACAUCAGUAUGCGAUGGUAAAAAUGAUUGUGGUGAUAAUAGUGAUGAAACAUGUAGUCAUGGUGGUGAAUGUCAACCGAAUGAAAUUCGUUGUUCAGAACCUGGCAGAGGAAGAAAAUGUGCGCAAAAAUUUUGGAUGUGUGAUGGUGAUCGGGAUUGUGAUGAUGGAAGCGAUGAAGAGCAACGCUAUUGUGACUUAAUUCCUCGUCAACGUUAUUGUAAAACAAAUGAAUUUCAAUGUGGUAAUAAUAUUAAUAGUACAAAUGGAAAUCUUGUCUGUAUUCCACGUUCAUUUCAAUGUGAUAAAUUCAAUGAUUGUCCUGAUCAUUCAGAUGAAAUUGGUUGUGCUAAACCAACAAUUAUUUCGCCACCACAACGUCAAAUUGAAGUCGGUGUUGGUGGUACAGUAACUCUUCAAUGUACUGUUCGUGGUUCACCAGCACCAUAUGUUAAUUGGCGUCUCAAUUGGGGACAUAUUUGUACUGAAUGUCCUGAGAAUGAUCGAUGUAUUAUGACACAAUCUUCUGAUCCUAAUGAUCCAACUCUUGUUAUUGGUACACUUACAAUUCGGUAUGUUUAUCCAAAUGAUGGUGGUGCUUAUUCAUGUGAAGCACUUAAUAAUCAAGGUUUUACUUUUGCUGUUCCCGAUGCUAUUGUUCAUGUUAAUGUUAGUGAUAAAUCACAGGUAUAUCCAUGUGUCUAUCUACCACCAGUAAAAGCAAUAACGGCAACAUCAACGCUAAAACCAAUAACAAUACGACCAUUAGGACCUGACGGACCGUCGGGACCUGACGGACCAUCAGGACCUGGCGGACCAUCGGGACCUGACGGACCAUCAGGACCUCGUGGACCAUCAGGACCUGGUGGACCAUCAGGACCUCGUGGACCAUUAGGACCUGGCGGACCAUUAAUACCAACGGGUCCAGCUUCUACUUCACCCACGUCAACGCCUUUUAACAAAUUUUCGUCGAAUUGUGAUGCAUCGGGUACAAUGGUAGAAUGUAACGAUCAUUGUUAUUGCAAAUGUAAUGUUGAAGGAGAUCGAUGUGAUCAAUGUAAAAGUGGUCAUUUUUAUCUAAAUCCAAUAACACCUGAUGGUUGUUUAUCAUGCUUUUGUUCUGGUAUAGAAACUGAAUGUACAUCCACAGAUUGGAAACGAAAACCAAUUUUUCUUUCACUAAAUGAUUGGAAUGCUGUACCACAAAAUUUUGAUACUGACUCAUAUCAAGCUGGCAAUAAAAUUGAAAGACGCAAUCAUGGACGUGAAAUAGCUCUUAAUCAAAAUUCAUUAGAUCGAUCACUUCAUGAAGUUCUUUAUUGGAAAGCACCAAAAGAACUUUUAGGUAAUUUUAUUACAUUAUACGAUGGUACUAUUGAUAUUCAUUUUACUAAUGAUGGAAACGAUAAUGAUGCACCUAGUAAUGAUGCUUUUAUUUGGUUACGUGGUAAUAAUAUCGAUCUUAUUCAUAAACUUCCUUCGACACAACGAUUCAAAGCCAAUACAGACGCUAUGUAUUCGAUACAACUUAAUGAGAGAACAUUUACACAUAAAGAUGGUAGAUCUAUGAAACGCGAAAAGCUUCUUACGGCUCUAUCGAAUAUAGAUACUUUUCUUAUAAAAAUAAAUCCAAUCGGUGGUCAACGUAAUGCUGUUCUUCGAGAGGUUACAUUAAAUAUUGCUGCUCGUGAUGGUUAUAUGACUGCUGCACCCACAGUUGAACAAUGUCAUUGUCCAGUUAAUUAUACUGGUUCAUCCUGUGAAAAAUGUGCUCAAGGUUAUGGUCGUGUAUGUCCAUUAUGUGGUAAUAAUUUAGGACAAUGUUGGUCUUGUCGAUCAUUAUGUCAUGAACGAUCAGAUCAAUGUGAUCAAGAUACUGGCAAAUGUUCAAAUUGUCAAGGUAAUAGUGAAGGUGAUCGAUGUGAACGAUGUCGUCCAGGUUAUGUACUUGACUCGCGAGGUAGACAAUGUAUACAAAUCAAUGAAGAUCAACAAGAUCAAUUUCAUGAAACAAACACUCAAACUCAACCCUAUGUCAAUAAAGUACCACAAGAUGAAUCGGACUCAGUACUAGUUCAUAUUGAUUUAGAUGAUAGUCAAUCAGAACAACGUAUUCCAUUUCCAAUUCCGGAUAUUCAUCCAAUAUCCGUUUCUUGGAGUCGUACGGGUGAUAAUUCAUUACCUACGGGUGUUGUUCAAGAUGGUAAUGACCUUGUUAUUCAACACCCAUCAGCUUUACAAGCUGGAAAAUAUACAUGUACAAUCACUCAUAAGGAUGGAAGUAUUCAACAUAUUAUUAUUUCCUUAGAUCAUCCAGAUGAUAUACUUUCAGAUACACAUAACAAUCAAGCUGGUAGAACGCAUCCUCCAGAUCAACAUGAAAAAUCAAAGACCACAGAAAAACCACAAACACGAGGUCCAUUAAAAAUACGUUUUGAACCUAAUUCAGCUACUUUAAAAGAAGGUCAACGUCUCAUUGUUCCAUAUAAAAUUAAUGCACAGAAACCAAUUGAAGUUAUUUGGACUAGAGUAACCGCGGAAGGUUAUGAAUCAAUGCCAUCAAUAUUUACGAUUGAAGAAGAUCGUCUUAUUCUCCAUAAAGCAACACUAGAUGUAGCAGGUACUUAUCAAGUUACUGUACGUAAUAUAUAUGGUGAAGAUACCAAACAAUUACAAAUCUAUGUUGAACCAAGACGUCGUCGUUCUCGUAUUCAAUUGGUACCACAAAUUCGUUUUCAACAAGAUCAAUAUGAACUUAGUCAUGGUCAAACAAUCGAUAUUAUACCUAAUAUUUCUGGAGGCAAAGGAGCCGUAAUAAGAUGGUCAAAAGAUGGAUCAAUCGAUCUCCCACAUGGUGUAACUAUAAAUAAUGAUGGUGCAUUACAUAUUCAAGGUCAAUCAAGUCAUGUUGCCGGACAAUAUACUCUUGAUGUCACAAAUACUGGUGGUACUGCAUCAUCAACAAUUUAUGUUCAAUGGCAAGAAUCAUUUGAUCAGCAACAUGAAAAUGGAGAUAAUGAUCAUGAUACUGCACGUAGUUAUGUUAAUGUUCGUUUUGAACCAAUUGAUGAACAAAAUCAUAAAAUAGGAUAUAAUAUUCAAUUACAAUGUGCAGUUCAUGGAAAUGUUGAUCGCCCAUAUGAAUAUAAAUUUACCAAAGAUGAUCAACCAUUAGCAAAUAAUGUUGAGGUACAUUCAGAUGGUUUAAUAAUUAUUCUUAAUGCUCAAUUACAUGAUGCUGGAUAUUAUCGAUGUGAAGUAAGUUUUCCACGUGCACCAGAAAUUGCAGCACAAGCAAGUAGCUAUAAUCUUCGCCUUGAAAGUGCUGUAAUAGAUGUUGAUGAUCAAAACUAUCAGUAUAAUCAUAAUAAUGAACAAUCUCAUGUAUCAAAAGAAUAUAUUGAAGUAAUCGCUGAACCAACUCAAUUAAACAUUAAACGUGGUGAAAAAACAAAUGUCUUAUGUCGUGUGAAAGGUGCCGAACAAUUUAAAGUAACCUGGAGUAAAUAUGCACAUGAUACAAGUCUUCCGGAUUACGCUCAUCAAGAAGGAAAUAGUGUUGUAUUAGCACCCAAUGUUGAUACACCUGCUGAACAGAUGUAUUUACAAUGUCAAGUUGAUAUUCCAAAUCAAACACAACAGUAUCAUGCUUAUGUACCGGUCAAUAUUCUUGAUGGAGAUGAGCCAAAUACGAAGAAAAAGAAGAGAUAUUCAUAG